AUGUUCAAUAACAUUAAUAAUCGAACAUUUUCUAUCAUUCGUCAUUGUUUAAAACCUUCAUUUUCUAUGCGAAUUCAACAUGCGUCGACAAAAGUACGAUUUAACUAUGAAGAUGCAUUUGAUCUUGAAUCUCAAUUAAAAGAUGAUGAACGAAUGGUACGUGAUCAAUUUCGCAGUUAUUGUCAAGGAAAAUUAAUGCCAAGAAUAAUUGAAGCAAAUAGAAAAGAAAUUUUUCAUACGGAAAUUAUGCGUGAAUUAGGUGAACUUGGUGUUCUUGGUCCAACUAUUCAAGGUUAUGGCUGUGCUGGUAUUUCAUAUGUUGCAUAUGGGCUAUUAGCUAGAGAAAUCGAACGUGUCGAUAGUGGUUAUCGUUCAGCAUUUAGUGUUCAAUCAUCACUUGUAAUGUUUCCGAUCAGUGAAUUUGGAACAGAAGAACAAAAAGAAAAAUAUUUACCAAAAUUAGCUACUGGUGAAUUAAUCGGUUGUUUUGGUCUUACAGAACCAAAUCAUGGUUCUGAUCCUGGUUCUAUGGAAACACAAGCACAUUGGGAUGAAAAUAAACAAGUUUAUGUAUUAAAUGGCACGAAAACAUGGAUUACUAAUUCUCCUAUUGCUGAUAUUGCUGUUGUAUGGGCAAAAUGUGAUGACAAAGAAAUUCGAGGUUUCAUUUUAGAAAGAUCUAUGAAAGGUUUAGCAACACCAAAAAUUGAAGGAAAAUUUUCAUUACGUGCUUCAAUUACUGGACAAAUUUCUAUGGAUGAUGUUCAAGUACCAAAAGCAAAUUUAUUACCAAAAGUUAAAGGUUUAAAAGGUCCAUUCAGUUGUUUGAAUAAUGCACGAUAUGGUAUCGGAUGGGGAGUAUUAGGUGCUGCUGAAUUUUGUCUUAGUACUGCUCGACAAUAUACUCUCGAACGAAAACAAUUUGGUCGACCAUUAGCACAAACUCAAUUGAUUCAAAAGAAAUUUGCUGAUAUGUUAACUGAAAUUUCAAUUGGUCUUCAAGCAUGUUUUCGUGUUGGUCAAUUAAAAGAUGAAAAUCGAGUAACACCUGAAAUGAUAUCAUUAAUAAAACGAAAUUCAUGUGGCAAAUCACUCGAUAUAGCACGCCAAUGUCGAGAUAUUCUUGGUGGUAAUGGAAUCUCAGAUGAAUAUCAUAUUAUUCGGCAUGUUAUGAAUUUGGAAGCAGUUAAUACAUAUGAAGGAACACAUGAUAUUCAUGCAUUGAUACUCGGUCGAGCUAUAACUGGUUUACCGGCUUUUUCUGCAUCAACCUCACAACCAACUAUGUGA